AUGGCUCGGUAUCUGUCGCCGCGGGAGGACGACGACUGGUCCGAUAGGCUUAAUUACCUCGUCACACCGAAUAUUCUCCUCGCCUUUUCUGUCCUCAUCUCCUUCAAACAGUUCGGAGGACGACCUAUCGAGUGCAUGUUUCCCAACAAGUUUCCGGGCAGCUGGGAACAAGUUAGACGCUUUCCAUCUUCAGAAAAAGUCUCAAGGAAAAUGCUUUUUUCAGAAAAGUUUUGAGAUUCUGAGCACGAACCCUCUAGAAAGUACAUUUGAGCCAAUUUAUAAAUUAUCAUAAAAAGGGUAGACAAAAUGAAUUUUGAGGUACUCUUAUAGCUGAUUCCCGACUGAUUUGUGCCAUCGAAAAAGAGUCCUGACACGAUGAGACAGUGCCUGGCUCGUGGAGAGCGCAGACAGGCCACGCCCCUUAGCUAGCCGUGAAUCAGCUAUAUUCAUGAGAAGCAGCCUUAGAGGCUAGGAAAAUGACCAAAAAAUCAAGAAUUGAAUAAAAUUUCCAAAAAAUAAAUUUAAAAAAAUAGCCGGAUAGAAUCGAAGAAAAUGAAAGUUGUGGACUUGAAAAAAAAAACUCGACAAAAAAAGACAAAAUUAUUUGGAAAAAUAGCCUCUUAACUCGAUGAAACUGCGCUAUACGGAGAAUUAAAAAUUUAAAGAGCAAAAAACUAAUUUUCCUUUCAACAAAGUCAUAAUUCUAAUUUCAAAACAAAUAUUUUCUCGGAAAACAUACGAAAAUAUCGGGAAACCGCUAUAAAUAUCAAAGAGAAAAUGCGCUCCAUUCGAAAUAAAUUCGACAUUUUUUUUUCGAAUUAUUCCUGUUACAAACACUGAAUAACUGAAAAGAUAUCUCAAUUCAUUGCUACUUUUGCAAAAGUUAUUCCCACUGAAUGAGUUUCACGUUCUUAUAAGGUUAAUUUAGGAAUCGGAAAGAUCUUUUUUUGAAAAAAAUUUAGCUUUUGAACAAAAAAAUCAUAAAUCAUCUAAAAACGAAUUUCAGUACGCGGAGAACUACUGCUGGUCCCAGGACACCUACUUCGUCGAGCCGACACAGCACGUCGAGCUCUUGAAAGCCGAAUCCAGGUAUUUUUCGGAACUUAUUUUUUCAGUAUUUAGUUAAAUUUGAACCAUUCAUCUUCGGAAUGAUAAGCGAAAAUCAAAGCUACCUACAGGGAAGGUCAUUUUACUUAGAAUUUCCUGAAAAUUGCCCAGAAAUCUCCUUGAUGUACUAGAAGAAGAUUCUGGAAGUCUCAACCCGCACAACUUCCUAGUUUUCAAGAAAAAAGGGUCUAAAGCUCCAAAUUAACGGAUUUUUGAGCGUUUUCUUUGAACUCGUCUGUUCUCGGAAUGUAGAAAAUUGAUUGAGGCUCUCAGAACUAUUUUUCUGAUAUAUCAAAGAGUUUUCUGUCCAAUUUUCAAGAAAAUCCAAACCGCAAAUAAAAUGGGUUCCUUUGUUAGUUAAAUGAAGUAAUAAAAAAAAACUCCCUCCUGGAAGACUAGGCAAAUUGACCCUUUCUCUACUCUCAAACCGGACUUGAGACAGAUUUUUCCUCUGAAUCCUAAAAACCAUCCCUUCAAGGUACACACCGGAACGAGCCUUGUCCUACUAUCAAUGGGUUCCGUUCUUCCUUCUGCUUCAAGCGGCUUUCUUCCGAGCGCCUAGCUAUUUAUGGAAAUACGUUUCAAACCAUUCGGGUCAGUGUUGAACUUCUUUCAGAGGUUACAGACGUUGAAAUUAACAUAUACUGUAUAGGUUAAUUUCAACGUUUACAGUGCAAAAUCAAGUUAAAAAAUGUAAGACCCCUAGUUACUCCAAUUAUCAUCUUUCUGAUAUUUUCCGAAUACUUUUUUUUUAUAAUUAACUACUUGAUUCUAAAUUUACAGUACCUCUUUAUUAUUUCUCCUGAGGUGUACGUUUUUAAAUCGAUACCCUUUAGGAAUUCGAAUCCAUGAAGUGGUGAAAAAGGCAAAGGAUACUGGAAAUGUCGAAGAGGAAGUCAAGGCCAGAAAUAUCGACAUUCUCGUCAGACACCUCAAAAAUGCCUUGAGAUUCCAGCGAAGGCUUCAGAAGAAAAAUGUAGGUUUUUCAAAAAUUGAGCAUCUUAAAAUAAUUCUUGUCUCAAUUGUACACGAAAGUCUUUGAAUAUUGCAAAAAAUCAGCUAUUUUCGCAUUUACUGAAUAUAAUCGGUUUUUCGUGAAUAUAUAUUUUUUUUUGGUUUAAAUAUUUUCUGCGACUACUGAAAGUUGAUUAGGAAUUCUUAAAAUCGUAAGAAACUUGCAAAAUCGGAACUUUUUUUGAAUCUUGUUGAAUAUUUGAAAACGUUCCACUGCUUACCACUAUAAAAGGGAAUUGAUAUGAUUUUUUUAAUAAUCGAAAUAAAAACCAAAAUGACGUUUUUUUAUUUUUUUAAUUGAAAUGAAAAAAAUAAAUCUCACGAAAUUCCAGGUGACAGUCCACAAGACGAUAAAAUGCCUAAACUGCCAAUUCUCGCCGAAAUUCAUCUCGGCCAUGUAUUUGCUCACAAAAGGCAUCUACUUUGCGAACGUCAUCUUGCAACUCUACCUGAUGAACUAGUGAGACCUCAAAACUAAAAAAAAUCGAUUUCAACUCGAAAAAAUUUCAGUUUUCUUCGCACGAAUCGCUACAGAUGGUACGGUUUCGACGUGGUCCGUGAUAUUCUGAGCGGUGUUCAAUGGGAAAGAAGCGGAUAUUUCCCAAGAGCGGCCGUUUGCGAUUUCGAGGUUUGAAAAUCCUCAUUUCCCAAAAAAAUAAAACAAUGCAACUCAGGUCCGUCAAGUGGCAAACAUCCAAAAAUACUCGGUUCAAUGCGUCUUGGUCAUCAAUAUUUUCAAUGAGACGAUUUUUGUGCUUCUGUGGUUUUGGUGAGUGCGGGAAUGGAAGAAGAGAAAGUUCGGAAGAAUGAUGAGAGAUAGGAGCGCGCGCAAGUCGGCGGGAGUCGGCUGCGCGGUGAUGUGGGUCGAAAUUGUCGGCGGCAGCGGUCGCUUCAGUGAAGAAAACAAACCCAGCUCGCUGAACCCGGCCUCACAACCGGGGCCGUGAGGAUAGAAAAAACAGAGAAGCGGAAAGAAAAGUGAUUUCAAAUAAUUACGGUACCCUAAAGUGUGUUUUUCACUGAUAAAAAAACCCUAAAUGAGUGAACCCUUAAAUGGAAUUUUACGAAUCCCCUUUUUUUCUCUCAAAAUGUUGAAAUCAUAUCAUUUUAAAACAACGUGAAGUUUUGAAAAAUUUGUUGAAUUCUGGAACUUUUCAGUUUCAAGAGUCCUUUUGGCUUGGCCAAAGUCAAACUUUUGAGGUACCUGAUCCUGUUGCUGGCGACGGCGGCCUCGUUCAUCCAGUGGUUCAUUCUGAUCGCUUUCCCCUGCUUCUCCCGCUGGUUCAUCUCGCAGCAUCUUGAGCUGAGCGCCUUGAACAACUACGUUCCUGAAAGCGCAAGUGAGAAACUCCUUUCCGGCUCGAAAUUUGAAAAAAAAAUGAGAAGAGUCUGAAAAACGCUUUGAACAUUUUCCUGGCGUCUUUUAUGGUUUAUUGGCCGAGAUAGAAAGAUAAAACAAGAGAAUUUUGAAAAAGUUGAGAACUGCUUUCUUUCAGGAAAGGCGAAAAAUGAACUUUAAAGGGAUAUUUCAGUUUCGCGAAUGUUCAGAGGGUACUUAUUAAUGAAUAUAUGCUUCUGAUUAUUGUGAAAACAGUUUUGAAACGAAGACUUCACAAAUAAGAACAAAAAUUCGAGCUCAAUGAAGAAUAAAUGUGAGCUCGAAGGAAAAAAACUUUAAAAAUUUUUUUAUCUUGGAAAACUUAACAUCCGACAUUCCCCUGAAGCUUGUUACCUUCAAAAUAUUUGAAAAAAAUUAGAUUUUGUUUUUUUGGUUUUUAUAUAAGAAGCCAUUGGCUGAAAUUUUAGAGGAAAAAAACACAAUAGUUCCAAUAAUAGAACAAUCACUAACCUCAGAAUAAUAUUUGAGAAUCCUCGCGGGAACUGACAAAGUUCGUCGACCACUACCUCCACCGAGACGGCGUCUUCGUCCUUCGGAUGGUCUCUGGCCACGCCGGCGUCAUUUUCGCAACGGACCUCGUCUACGCCCUCUGGAAGGCUUAUUAUGGCAUCGAGGAGAAGGUUAGUCUUCAAGGGGAAGUUCGAAUCGUCGACCCGACUUGUUGGAAAUUGGAAAUGGUGUGCAGCCGCGCCAUUUUUCAUUCCGUCCGAGCUUUUCUUUGGUACGCGCGGCCUUUCUCUGUAUAUGCGCCUUUAACGUAACGGAAAUUUCAGGCCAAAUAAAAAUUACAUGCUUAGAGGAAAGAGUUCUGUCUCUCGGAGGAAAAUAAAAAUCAUGACAAGUUUCGCGGAAUGUCCAUUUAUCCUAGCACAGAAAAUGAAUUUUUACCUUUUUUUUUAACCUUAGCGACAAGUUUUGGCGCCUUAAGAACGUCAUAAAACCUUGCAAGACUGAAGAUUACGAUUAACAAAUUCAAAAAAAAAAAAUUCAAUUUUAUGUCAUUAAAUUUAAAAAUGAGAAAGAAAAACGCCAGAAAUGUCUUGAAAAAAGGACCUAAUCAUAUAAAUUUCUGUUGAUUUUUGAAUCCAUAUCUCACGCCAAAAAAAUUUUCUACGGCGGCCAAACACGGUGUUCCGCGCAAUGAAAAAAAAUGCGAAAUUUUGGGUCCCAGCGGCAUAUUAUCCAUGGCGCAUUAUUGCGCCCUUCUCAUGGUUUCUGAUGCAAAAAUUGAAUUUCUUCACUUUUUUCCUUGGUUUUUUACUUUUUUCUAUUUCUUGCAUUUAUGUGAUCCGCCUCUCUAUGGGUACAUCUUGUGGAGCUUUUAAUUGCGCAUUUUUCUAAACCGGUUUCAGAUCUUUAACUAUUUUCUCAAAAGAGCUGAAGAUUUUUCUAAAAGUCCUAAUUUUUCAAAAUUUUGAAAUCUGUUUCGCGACAUCACUAAGAAUAACUGCCGAGAUAAACGCGAGACACUGGCGGUACAUUGACGAGCUCGCAAACAUCUCGCUUUUUUUCUCGCGCCGGUUUCGCAUUUGUCUGGGCGCGAGCUCGCAUUUUUCUAGGCGCGAGCUCGCAUUUCUCUCGCAAUUUGAAAAUUUCCGAAAUGCGAGAUAAAUGCGAGAUGGCGCCGAGAAAAAUGCGAGGUCGCGCCGAGAGAAAUGCGGGAUCGCGCCUAGAAAAAAGCGACAUUUUUGCGAGUUAGUCAAUGUACCGCCACCGAGCUCGCGUUUAUCUCGUCAGUUAUUCUUAGUGAUGAAAAGAGUCACUCUAUUUCGGAAACUAUAGUUUUUUUAAUUUAAUCAGUUAAUAAUAAAAAGUUAUUAUCUAGUUCCUUUGACGUAGUUUUAAAAACCGGUUUCGCGUAAAUUAGAGCCCAAUUGAAUUUGCUGAUGCAGUUUAAUGAUUUUGAUAUAUGAAUCAUCUAAAUUAUAUUUUUCUAGUUUUUUUGAUGGUUUUUCAGAUUUAAACAAAAAUUUCGCCAUACGAGGUUUUUUCUAAAAAUUUCUGCUUUCUAUCCAUUAUUUGUUUUUUUCUGAAGCUAGGUUUUCGAGGUAUAUAAAAUGUUUUUUCAUUUGCUCCUCGAAUUUUUCCUCAUUUCAAUAUUUUUUUCGUAUUUAUAAAUGCUUAUUCAAUGGGAGCUGCUUCACCUACAUAUUAUUUUUUGUUUUUACUUUGUAAUCAGUAAUUUAGAGUUUUCCCCUUUUGAAAUCGUUCCUAAAUGUUUUUUAACGUAAGUGAAUGUUUAUUUCACAUCAUAUUCUUCAAACUGACAAAUUUCGAACAUUUCAGGACUAUUAUCCUGAAAUCGCAAAUUCUAAAAUUGAAAAAAAAACAUUUUGAGUAUGCGAUAUUGCGUCUCGGUGUGCUUACACCCUAAGCAUCAUAAUUUACGAAAAGUCAUGACCUUGCGUAAUGAAAAAAACACCGUGCAAAAAUAUUCCGGUGAAACACGGCCUUUUGAAUCAAUUUUGAUUGAACAAAUAAGUUUUUAUCUCAAAAUCUCGUUAUAAUUACAGAACGUCGACUCUGACACCGAAAGCCCCACCACAGACGUUCCGAAAAGCAUUCUGACGACGUCGAUUCGGAAUCGAAAGAAGCCGAAAAAUGGGGCGACCUACAUGAGAGGCACCGAGUUCACUACGGCUCUUCUUCCCGAAAAGGAACGGGAGGAAAAUCGCUACGAUUCUUCCUCGGAUUCCAGUGAUCCCAAAGGAAACACCAAUCCCGUGGCUAGCGUUUGA